AUGAGCGACAACGAAGUAGAUGCCUUUAUCAAUGAACUGCAGAGAUAUUUGAGCGAGCUUCGAGCGAUUCCUAAACAAGUUGGCAUGGAUUAUGCCAUCAACAACGCGGUUGGGGGGCCUUGUUAUGACUAUCGCAUGAUUGCUGGACAAGACUAUGACGAAGCAAAAGGCGACCUCAUUGAACCAUUCAAGACAGUAGACAACUUCAACAAAAAGCUCCAGACCCCAGCACUUCCUGGUGUCGCCCACAAAUCGGGACACAAGAUUGUCUUUACACAUGGGGAUCUAAAUAUGAGAAACAUCCCAAUGCACAACGGUAGAGUCUCUGGCAUAGUGGAUCGGGAAAGCGCUGGCUGGUUCCCUGAUUAUUGGGAGUAA